AACGACACUGUUCAACAACUGCCCUGUUUCAACAUACUGUCUUCUUCUAAACUGACAUAUCUACUAACUGUGACUAAUUGAAUUACUGAAGUGUUUAAAACAGUGGUUUUUCCGGAGUUAAACAUGAGUGACAAAACUACAUACGAACAAGAUGAAUCAACUGUAUUAUCAGCGGAUAGAACCAGCGACGGCGAAUUUUUUAUCGAUGAUUAUUCGCAUUUAAGACUGUCAUAUUAUCAGUAUCGAGACGACAUCACGCUCGAUGUAAGUGACUCAUACCAAGACUCUGCGUACUCCACAAAUGCUUCCACAAAUAAAAGCUUUCGUGAUGCUACUAAUUCAACAAAUACAAAUUCUACCAAUGCCAAAUCUACCAAUACAAAUUCUACUAGUGUCGGACCUAAGCACCUGCAAGAAGAAGAAAGACGUAAGCUUCGUGAGUUCUACAUAUCUCAAAUACCUGAUCUUCCCCACCCGUCGUAUACCGCAGCAUCUAUUAUAGCAUCUGCUUCGCAUAGAAUGGAUCCGACAAAUCGUUUCGUUUAUAACAAAAAGAUUGAACAGGGCACAAAAAUGGAGGAUGAUAUGACGUCUUUCACACCUGGACGUAGAUCUACCCUUAAACCUAACACAAAGCUAUGAUUGGAAGAUAAAACAAGUAUUUCUAGGAUAUUGUUACUUUUUUUUUUUGUAUUUUAGUGUUCGUAUUUAGUUGUCCUUCAAAGAUAUAUAUGUAAGAUGAAAAACUUGUUUUUUUUUUUGUUUUGGGACCUGUGAUUUUCAAUGCCAUUGCAGAUAUAAUUACGCGAGAAUUGCAUUAAGGGACGUCAAAUCUAACACCCGUAAAUACCAUAACUGAGUAGCUUGACUUCACAACUUACAGUUACGGUUUUAUUUAAUAUUCUAAUGGCGAUAGUAAAUGUUUAAAGUUUUAAAAUCCGAGGAUGUUCUAGAAUACCAUAAUAGAAUUUUUAAGUAAAGUUUAAAGUAAAACUGCCUUUAGUGUAUGUAUUGUAUAUGCUAGACUUUAUUGAUUAAAUAAAUGUUGGAUAUUUUU